GAGAAGCAACAACGUCGGUAGGGAGAGAGGAUCUCAUUGCAACACGGACAAAGGUCGAUGCAGGCCACACCCACUGCGGCUCGGGCCAGCAGCGUGGCGAUCGCUGCCGUUUCCGUCUACCUGGGAGGCUGGGGAAUAUACUAUGCCAUCCAGGACACCGCCAGGCGAGCGGCGAUUAGGUCAAGGCGUCGGAAGUAUCCCCUGCAGCCGAGACCGGCGGGACUGGUCCCGACACGGGCGAGGAGCGCAAGCGUAGCUUCGACAGCAUCCACAAGCGAAGAACAUGUAGAAGGGUCCGAAGAGCUCCCCAAUGCCCGGGUUGUGGAGCGUGCCUCGCCCAAGAGCGCAGAUGUCCACCAGCACAUGCGCUGGUAUGGCGCGGCCUCUGCCAUCGAACACCAGUCGAUUCGGUCUCGAUUUGCUCCCCUCACCAUCCUGGGUCGCUACCUGAAUCCCUUCGCCGAGUGGAGAGAGGUGGGAGCGUGGGAAUUUCUCUACUGGAAAGUGAUCUACACGCCACUGCGCUACCCGAGCAGAUUGGUCUGGGACGGCGGACUGGCGAAAGAUCUCGAGAGCGAAGAGGGUAGGAAGAAAGUGAACAACGUCCUCCCGGUCAAGCGUCUUGAUCGGCAGAAGCUGUGGGGUCAUGAGGAGGGCUGGGAGGUUGUAUCCAGCGAUGCCUCACUUCCUCCGCCCUGCGCCAAGGCCACAGGCACGACUUUUACCUGGAUUGGUCAAAGCACCUGCCUUGUCCAGAUGAAUGGCGUCAAUAUCCUCACGGACCCCGUGUUCAGCCCUCAACCGAUCAAGAGCAUCUUCAGCCCGACGCGGAUGAGACCACCGCCAUGCCAGAUCGAAGACUUAAUUGAAGAGCGAGGCCGCAUCGACAUUGUACUCAUCAGCCACAACCACUUUGACCACAUCGAUGUCUCGGUGAUUCCCAAGCUGUCGCCAGAGACAUGCUGGGUGGUACCCUCCGGUGUGCGGGACCUUCUCGAGCGUCACGGCGUGCUUCCUGAGCAGAUAACCGAGCUCGAAUGGUGGGAGCAGAGCAUGGCCGACGUCGAGGUGCCGGCAAGGAACACGUCGGGCACGGUCAGCCAUGUGGACCGCAAAGUCACCGUGAAUGCCGUCCCUGCGAUGCACUGGACUGGUAGAGAUCUGCUCGGUGUCAACCGUUCGCUCUGGAAUUCAUACGUGGUCCGCGUCGGUGGUGGAAGUCAAGAUGAGCCAGGUCUCAGGGAAGCAUCAUUUUUCUUCUGUUGCGACUCUGGGUACUCGCCACUCAUGUUCUCAUCGAUUGGACGAGCGCUGGGGCCCAUCGACGUUGCGGCUGUUCCCAUUGGGUCCUACAUGCCUCUCUGGCACAUGUCGAUCCAGCACUGCAGCCCAUCGGAUGCAGUCCAGAUGGCACUCGACGUCGGGGCAAGGCAGGCGUUUGGCACGCACUGGGGCACGUGGAGCAUGAGUGACGAGGCGUGGGACGAGCCUCCCAAAGAUCUUGGAAAGGCCCUUGACGAGCAGGGCCUCUCUCGGAAAUACUUUAGAACGCUGCCGUUUGGCGAGACGGUCGACGUGAUCAUUCACGGCAAAUAAGACUGCGCCAUGCGAUGACUGUCCAUCACACUACUGCUAGAGAUACCCCUUUCCUUCACUCGUUGCAAUCAUUGGGAUGAUCAUAGACAUGGAAUUUCACCAUUCACUGAC